GUUCAGUGGAAAUAAUGCGAAGGCGAAGAAGAUACUGUUCCUGCAUGCGAUGUGACGACGUUCACUUGUUAUUAUAUGGAUUUUCGUUAUUAUUCUUGAUUAAGUGAUUGUAAACACCAACAUUUACCUCGAGCUAUUGAUAUAAUAGGCAAAGACAUCCCAAUGGUAUUCAAUUAGAGAAAAAAACGAAUACUUAGCGUAGAGGCUAACGUAAACAACGUCUUACGUAAUUGUGCUUUGGGUCGCUGUAAAAUAAGAGUUUAAUCUAUUGAAAUAGAAAUAUGGAAGAGUCCAAAGAGAAAGCUUUGAGUCUGAUGUCUGGUAUUACUACAGUCGCUGUCAGGAACCCUGUAGAAGAGACUGAGAGGCCGAAGAGAAAGAUUCUCGAUGAAGAUCAAUACAUAGAGAGUUUGGAGAAGAUCAUCCAGAGGGACUUUUUCCCAGAUGUCUCCAAACUUCAAGCGCAGAAGGAUUAUCUGGAGGCGGAGGAGAACGGAGAUCUGGAGCGGAUGAGAGAGAUAGCCAUCAAAUACGGGGCUGCGAUGGCUAAAUUCACCCCACGCACCUAUGUGCCCCACGUGACGCCUUCAAUAUUUGAGACCCCAGAUGGCCGAAGUGCAUCUCCCUCGUCUUCACAUGGUAAACACAGAUCAGCAAAAGAGGAUGAUGGUGAAAAGGUCCUUCCGUCCCUGGACCAUUUUCUUGCUAAAAACACGAGUGAGGACAACGCAUCCUUUGAGCAGAUAAUGGAGCUUGCGGAGGACAAGAACAAGCUGAGGCAUUCGUGGCUCUAUGAGGCGGAGAAUGAAUUCAAAGAGAGGCACGAGCAGAACCUUGCUCUACCAUCCUCAGAGCAGCAGGCGCUGGAGUGCACCAAGGCAGGACUGGAAACAUGGCAGUACAAGGCCAAAAAUGCACUCAUGUACUAUCCUGACGGUGAAAAAGACGACACACUGUUCAAGAAGCCACGGGAGGUCCUGUACCAGAACACACGGUUUGAUAUCGACCCCUUCUCUAAAGCCCUGAACAAAUCCCAAAUCCAGCAAGCUGCUGCACUCAAUGCACAGUUUAAACAAGGCAAGGUUGGUCCGGACGGCAAAGAUCUCCUGGCUCAUGAUUCCCCCAAAGUAAAUGGUUACGGAUUUGAGGGAGAAGCCUCCCCUGCUCCUGGUGUUGCAGAGUCUCCGCUGAUGACGUGGGGUGAGAUCGAAAGCACCCCGUUUCGUCUGGACGGCUCAGAAACGCCCCUUGUGGAGAGAAGUCACGGCCCAUCGUUCAAGAUUCCAGAGCCUGGGAGAAGAGAGCGUUUGGGACUGAAAAUGGCCAAUGAGGCUGCGGCAAAAAACAGAGCUAAGAAACAGGAGGCGCUGCGCAAAGUCACUGAAAACCUUGCCAGCCUCACUCCGAAGGGACUGAGCCCCGCAGCGCUGUCUCCCGCCCUCCAGCGUCUAGUGAACAAAUCGUCCAGUAAAUACACAGAUAAAGCCCUGAGGGCCAGCUACACCCCAUCCCCUGCGCACAGAGGCAUCGGCUCGAAGACUCCUCUCGGAGGCCUGACCACUUCCUCCAUCACACCAACACCCGGAAAAGCCAUAACACCGGCCGCCCAGGACCCGGCCUCCAUCACAGACAACCUCCUACAGCUGCCCAAACGGAGGAAAGCCUCAGAUUACUUCUGAAACUAAACACUUCACAAAGACAUGGGCGGGGUUUCAUAUUUAUUCUUUUUGUUUUAAUUACUUCUUUCUUUAAAAAAACUGUGAAUCUGAAUUAAUCAUCGGUGUUUCAGAUAUCUUAUUUUUUAGACUGUCUGCAACUUACAACAUGUACAGUUUAUACGGUUUUUUUUUGUUUUAUAUUUUUAAUUUAGCUAGCAUAAAUGUCGUUUUUCAGCAUCAUCCACAUCAAGUGAUUCUUGCGUGAAUCAGACUUUCAUUUGAUCCACAAGUGCUCCAGAACUUUACUACUCUUGAUUUGUUUUCAGUGCUCCUGAAUUUUGUGCAUGUUUUAUGAUGUUGAAGACUUGCACGAUCUCAGGGGCACAAUAAAGAGGAGUUCUACAGUUUAA